UCUAAGUGUUUAUCAUGUCUUGUAUAGUACGUUCCUCCAUUUCCGGUUGCCAUUGACUUUAUCGUGUUUAAAACUUAACAAAUUGUCGCUGCAGACUCAGUCAGCAUUUGCUGUUUAAGCUAAGUAAAUGAGGCGAAUAAGUGAAGUUACUUUCCUUCUUGUGGCAAUCGCGUUUGGCGGUGUGCGUGGCGAGUGCGACAAAUGCAAUGCAGAUAAUCCUGUUGCUUGUCACAGCGAGACGGUCUAUUCGCUCUGUCUUAUUGAUCAACCAACUAUGAAAUUCGUCACAUGCCCACCAGAUUAUAUAUGCACAAGCGAUGAGUUUGUAUGCUAUCCAAGGGAUUCGGCAGUUCCCAGUUGUGGUCGCACUAAUCCAGUGGAAGAUGGCUCAUCUAAAUGCGGCAUUUGCGCAUCCAGGGACAAGCUGUAUGCAUGCCUUAACGAAACGACCAUUGCGUUCUGUUUUGGCGACGAUAUGCCACAUUAUGAGUCACUCUCCUAUUGUCCUGCGGACACUGUCUGCGAUUUGAAUAGAGAAAGUGGAUUUUGCACACCAGCGGCUCAAACUGCGCCAAGUUGCAUACCAAGUCAGUGGACAACACCCAUAGCCACAACGACAACGGUAGGUGGACCGCCUAUUCCAACUACAACAACUCCAGUACUCUCAACAACAACAGAUAUAUCUUCAACCACAUCCUUAUCAACUACAACAACACCAGUACCCACUACUACAACAGAUAUACCUACAACAACUACCUUACCAAUUACAACAACUUCAAUACCCACCACUACAACAGAUAUACCAACAACAACAACCUUACCAAUUACAACAACUCAAAUACCAACCACUACAACAAAUAUACCUACAACUACAUCCUUACCAACUACAACAACUCCAAUACCCACAACUACAACAAAUAUACCUACAACAACAUCCUUACCAACUACAACAACUCAAAUACCCACCACUACAACAGAUAUACCUACAACAACUAUCUCACCAAUUACAACAACUCAAAUACCAACCACUACAACAAAUAUACCUACAACAAUGUCCUUACCAACUACAACAACUCCAAUGCCCACCACUACAACAAAUAUACCUACAACAACAUCCUUACCAACUACAACAACUCAAAUACCAACCACUAAAACAAAUAUACCUACAACAACGUCCUUACCAACUACAACAACAAAUAUACCUACAACAACUUCCUUACCAACUACAACAACUCCAAUACCCACGACUACAACAAAUAUACCUACAACUACAUCCUUACCAACUACAACAACUCCAAUACCCACCACUACAACAAAUAUACCUACAACAACUUCCUUACCAACCACAACAACUCCAAUACCCACAACUACAACAUCCUUACCAACUACAACAACUACAACAACUCCAAUACCCACCACUACAUCAUCCUUACCAACUACAACAACUACAACAACUCCAAUACCCACCACUACAACAAAUAUACCUACAACAACUCCACUACUUAUCACCACAACAUUUAUACCAAUAACAACAACUGAGCAUGUACUUACUCUUGAGGAAAUAUGCGAAAAGCACGGCAAAGAUGAAACCAUUCCACUCCCUGAUGACUUAACCUGUAAAAAAUCAAUUAGAUGCAAAAAAUCGGGCAAUGUGUGGAAGGCAGACUUAAGUACUUGCCCACCGAAUCAAUGGUUUGAUCCGGGUUUUAAAUUUUGCACUUCUACAUAUAAGUGCCUCACUCAGACAACAUCCAUACCAAUAACAUUGCCAACUACAACGACUCCAGUACCCAGCACUACAUCAGAUAAACCCACAACAACUCCACUGCUUAUCACCACAACAGUUAUACCAAUAACAACAACUGAACAUGCACUUACUCUUGAGGAAAUAUGCGAAAAGCACGGCAAAGAUGAAACCAUUCCACUCCCUGAUGACGUAACCUGUAAAAAAUCUAUUAGAUGCAAAAAGAAUGGCAAUGUGUGGAAAGCAGACCUUAGCACCUGCCCUACGAAUCAAUGGUUUGAUCCUGGUCUGAAAUUUUGCACCGCAACGUAUAAGUGCCCCACUCAGAGUCCGCCAGCAACAACCUCAACACCAGUUCCAAUUACAACCACUGAGCGUACACUUACUCUUGAGGAAAUAUGCGAAAACCACGGCGAACAGGGUAACAUUGCACGACCCGAUGAUCCUACUUGCAAAAAAUACAUCGUCUGUUCCAAACCAGGGUCUCGUUGGAUUGCUCAGGCAUACACUUGUAGAAACUUGUAUGAUCCGACUAUAAACAAAUGUAGUUCCACAUAUAAAUGUCCAUCGUAGAAGAACCGAAAAAUUAUUUUUAUAUUGUUUCCUAAUAAAAAUUACAAACAAAAUGUCUUAAAACAUACUAACCGAUUCCAACUUACUUACAUGAAUAA